ACGUGACGAGAUAAUUUUAUGGCGAACAAAAUGGCGGAAUAGUAGUCUUUCUUUAUUUUGCGUUGUCAAAUUUCGUUAAAUCGUCAGCCGCCAAAUUCACAAUGUCGAGCUCAUCAUCAAGAUCAAUGCGUUUAAGUGUUCGCCGAUCGAAAAGAAAGACUAAAAGAAGAACAUCCUCACCACUACCCGGUACAACAGCCGCCCAAGCCAGACAACGCGAUGGAGCAAGUAGUGACAUUCGCUUCAGUUCAGCUCAACAUUCAUAUGAUUUACGGCGAAAGCCGAGUCAUGCGUCUGUAACAUCUUCAUCUUCCUCCGAACAUCUUUUUCCUUCACCGCCCAAACGUUCGAGAAAAUCGAAAAGCUGCUCGCAGACGACGUCAACCAAGACGAAGUCGGGCGUUGGUGCUCGUUACUUGCAACACGAACUACCAGACGAAGUUCUACUGCAUAUCUUUUCUUACUUGCUCGAAUUCGAUUUAUGUAGCGCUGCUGCCACUUGCAAACGUUUUUAUACGAUUGCACAUGAUGCUGAACUAUGGAAGAACUUAUACCAGGCAGUUUAUGAAUAUGAUUUACCAAUUGUCAAUCCAGAACCUAAAGUCUAUCAAUUCGUUCAACCGGUCGAAGGGUCCGGAAACAAGUGGAAGGAAAGCUUUAUAAAAAUGUAUCGGUCCCUUCAUGUACGUGUUGGUUAUAAAGAAGAAUAUGAUAAUAACUCAGAAAGAUAUAGAGGCCGAAAUAUAUUAUAUUUCGACAAGAUUGACGCCGCCCUUACAUAUGCUGAAGAAGAAACAGAAAAUGCAACCAUACUUGUUCACUCUGGUCAUUAUCCAGGAGAAUACCUUGUUAUAGACUCCAAUAUAACACUGAUUGGUGCUGCCCCCGGUACUAUAACCGAAUAUGUAAUAAUCGAAAGACCUAGUGAGUCAACGUUAACGUUCAGUGAAGGAGCGACUCACGCCUAUUUAGGUUUUAUAACAUUGAAAUUAUCUCCUGACGUUGUUGCCGCCGUACCUCAUCAUAAACAUUAUGCCCUGGAAGUUACAGAAAACUGCUCACCAACAAUUGAUCAUUGCAUAAUACGCAGUACAUCAGUAGUUGGUGCUGCGGUAUGUGUGAGUGGUCAAAAUGCUGACCCAUUAAUACGUUUCUGCGAUAUCAGUGAUUGCGAAAAUGUCGGCCUAUUUAUUACGGAUCAUGCUCAAGGAACAUAUGAAGAUAACGAAAUUUCUCGGAAUGCUUUAGCUGGUGUAUGGGUAAAAAAUCAUGCAAAUCCAGUGAUGAGGCGGAAUCAUAUUCAUCACGGUCGAGACGUCGGCAUUUUCACAUUCGAUAACGGAAUGGGUUAUUUCGAAAAUAAUAAUAUUCAUGACAACCGAAUAGCCGGUUUCGAAGUUAAAGCUGGUGCCAAUCCUACAGUAGUACAGUGUGAAAUCCAUCACGGCCAAACUGGAGGAGUAUAUGUGCAUGAGAACGGCAGGGGACAGUUCAUCGAAAAUAAGAUACAUUCCAAUCAGUUCGCUGGUGUAUGGGUAACAUCUAAUAGUGAUCCAACAAUAUGCAAGAAUGAUAUUUUUAACGGUCAUCAGGGAGGAGUAUAUAUUUUCGGUGAAGGAAGAGGACUAAUUGAACACAAUAAUAUAUAUGGUAAUGCCCUUGCCGGAAUUCAAAUUCGAACAAAUAGCAAUCCCUUAGUACGUCACAAUAAAAUACAUCAUGGACAACAUGGAGGAAUUUAUGUACACGAAAAAGGAUUAGGAAUUAUCGAAGAAAAUGAAGUAUAUGCCAACACACUUGCAGGAGUAUGGAUAACAACAGGGUCUACUCCUACACUCAGACGUAAUAGGAUACAUUCUGGGAAGCAGGUGGGUGUUUAUUUUUACGAUAACGGUCACGGAGUCCUAGAGGAUAAUGACAUAUUUAAUCACUUGUAUUCUGGUGUUCAAAUACGAACUGGUUCGAAUCCAUCAAUUCGGCGAAAUAAAAUAUGGGGUGGACAAAAUGGAGGUAUACUUGUCUAUAACUCUGGUUUAGGAGUAAUCGAACACAACGAAAUUUUCGAUAACGCUAUGGCCGGUGUAUGGAUAAAAACCGAUAGCAAUCCAACUCUUCGAUAUAAUAAAAUUCAUGACGGCCGCGAUGGUGGUGUUUGUAUCUUUAAUAGUGGUCGAGGAGUAUUAGAAUAUAAUGAUAUCUUUCGCAAUGCUCAAGCUGGAGUCUUAAUUUCGACACAAUCACAUCCGACUCUCAAAGGGAAUCGAAUUUUCGACGGUCAAGCGGCAGGUGUUGAAAUAACAAACAAUGCUACCGCCACACUUCAAGCCAAUCAUAUUUUCAACAAUAAGUUUGGCGGUUUGUGCCUUGCGUCUGGUGUUAAACCGGUUUUAUCGGAUAACAAAAUUUACGACAACCACAAUAUGGUCCAUAAAGCCGUUUCGACUGGACAAUGCUUAUAUAAGAUAUCCAGUUAUACAAGCUUCCCCAUGCACGAUUUCUUUCGGUGUAAAACAUGUAACACGACAGAUAGGAACGCAAUAUGCAUCAACUGCAUAAACACAUGUCACGCCAACCACGACAUCGAAUUCAUUAGACAUGACAGGUUUUUCUGCGACUGUGGCGCCGGAACUCUUAAUAACCAAUGCAAAUUACAAGGUGAACCUACGCCUGAUACAGAUACACUGUAUGAUUCUGCGGCCCCUAUGGAGUCUCAUACGUUGAUGGUGAAUUAA